AGCAGACAAUUGCAAGUUUUUGGAAGUUUGUCAUUAUAUUAUUUGUUAAAAUUAUUCGUAUUUUUUAUAAAAUGGAAACAUUAACUCGUAUUACCAGCACAUUCGAAAAUGUAAGAAAUACAAUCAAAAACAAAAAUUCGUCAGAGCGCCUCCAAAGCCUAAAGAAGGACAUACAGAGCCUUAACACCGAACUGGUAGUAUUGGGAAAGGAAAACCAUGAUAACUACAUAAGAUCCCUCGCUAUGGAGGGUUACCUCUCCCUUUUAUCUGCUAAGACAAUACCUAUAUCUCUAAUGGAGAAGAGAAAUAACCUACAAUCUGCAUACGACAAAAUAAAACCGUAUGCUCUUAGAGACGAAUGCCUUUUCAUCUUACUGAGAAUUCAGAAUCUUUUGUGUUACUACCUAAUUCAACUUGAUCAGGUAACUCUUGCACGCGAUCUGUUGGAGAAUAUGGAAGAUCUUUAUGACAAAAUAAGCAAGUUUCAACCUGACAAGUUCCUGGAUGCCGAGGACUUAUUUACUACCGAACCUCUCGAAAAGAUCAAACGAGUCAAUCCAGAAAAGAUUGAUAAAGUCAUUACAAACAAUGUACAGAUGCAAGCUUUUUUAUAUAAUAAAUUAAAUUUACCUCAGAAAUAUACACUAUACAACCAUACUGCACUAAGGAGACAGUUGGAAAUGAAAGAGGGGACACCUCAGGACUGGGCCCUGAGGACUGCUAGACUUGGUAACUAUUUUACUUAUCUCAAUCAAAUUGGUAAUGCUCGACAUCAUCUCUGCGCGGGUUAUCACGUAUUGAGAACUUGCCAUGACAACUGUAAACUGAUGCCAGAGGAAUUUGUGCUGAAAAAGGCAGAUUUUGAAAUGCAUUUUUUAGAACUGAGCCAUCAUUGGGUUAAAUAUGGGUUGACUCUCUUCAAACUAUCAAAGAAGAAAAUAUUAAACAGAUAUUUCACCCAAACUACAUCCAGAGCAGAUUUAUGGAAGACUGUAGACUUGCUAGACGAGCACGUGGAAAAUGUCGACAAAUUUGAUGAUGAGAACUUAAAAGAUCAAGGUGCAGAGAAGACGGGUAAAGGAGAUUGUACCACGGAAAAUCUAUUUACUUUCCCAUCUUUGGACUUGAAAGAAAUGGAGACCAAGGUACCUCUAGACAUAGUCUGCAGCGUAGAAGAAGCUCGAAAACUCUUCGCAUUUACGCACAAGUGGUUGAUGAGAGCGAAACAUUAUUAUGAUUUUGAACACCACUCUGCUCAGUAUAUAUCAUGUUCACUGCAGCUCGCUGAACUGUAUGAACACUUGGCAUUCUUUGAACGAAAUAUAGACAAUCAGUACAGCAUACAGAAGAGAAGAGCCGACGUGCUGGAAACUUUGAACUCUUUGCUGAAGAGCUGCGACAACGUAAUGUCUGUUCAAAUAGACGUGAUAAGGGAGCUGUCUCAGGUACAGUUAGAGCUAAUGACUCUGAACUUACAAAAAUUAUGGCGCGAAGAAUCACAGACUAACAUUUUUAACCGGGAUACUGAUGCUGAUUCGAUUAUUAAUUCAUUAAAUUCUGAAUCAAAUAAAACCUUAACCGAAAAAACAUUGAAUACAUCGUGCAAGAACAUGUUCCUAAGAAAAAUGGAGGCGGCCACAUCUAUAAACGGAAAACUUUUCAGGCUGAGUGGACAACUGGGUGCGAGGACUCCUUCACAGUUGAGUCUGGGUGCUGCCUUUUUAAACAAUUAGUUAUUUCGGCGAGUUUGAUCAACGGAGAUUCUUUGCGUGAUAUCGAUGGCUGAAUUUCACUUACCUAAAGCAACUUUAUAAUAAUAUAUUUUUAACCACGGACUUAACAAAACUUAUAUAAAUUGUUUCAACUUUUUUAAAAUUUACAAAUAAAA